CUGGGGAGACCAGAUAUAGUGAAUGCGGGUUCCGGGGAGAGUGGAUAAAGUGAAUGCGGGGUCUGGGGAGACCAGAUAUAGUGAAUGUGGAGUCCGGGGAGAGCGGAUGUAGUGAAUGCAGGGUCCGGGAAGAGCGGAUAUAGUGAAUGCGGGGUCCGUGGAGAGCAGAUAUAGUGAAUGCGGGGUCCGGGGAGAGCGGAUAUAGUGAAUGCGGGGUCCAGGGGAGAGCGGAUAUAGUGAAUGCGGGGUCCAGGGAGAGCGGAUAUAGUGAAGUGAAUGCGGGGUCCGGGGAGACUGGAUAUAGUGAAUGCAGGGUCCGGGGGAGAGUGGAUAUAGUGAAUGCGGGGUCCGGGGAGAGCAGAUAUAGUGAAUGCGGGCCCGGGGAGAGUGGAUAUAGUGAAUGCGGGGUCCAGGGAGAGCAGAUAUAGUGAAUGCGGGGUCCGGGGAGAGCAGAUAUAGUGAAUGCGGGCCCGGGGGGAGCGGAUAUAGUGAAUGCGGGGUCCGGGGAGAGCGGAUAUAGUGUAUGCGGGGUCCGGGGA